AUGAACCGAAUAGUCUACUUGGGGGUGGCGGUGGCGGGGCGCAGCCGCGGGGUGGCGGCGGCGGCGGCGAGGCACGAGGUGGCGGGGGAGCUGGAGCUCGCUUCCGCCGGCGGAUUGGGUGGCGGCGGGGGCGACGAGCUUGUUGAUCCUGACCAGCUCACCUACAUCGAUGAAAAACUUCAAAAUAUCCUGGGUCAUUUCCAGAAGGAGUUUGAAGGUGGAGUAUCUGCUGAGAACUUGGGGUCACAAUAUGGGGGUUAUGGUUCAUUCUUGCCUACAUACCAGCGCUCUCCUCCUGCCUUAUCUCAAUCUGGAAGCCCUGCAGUUCUACCCAACCAUGGCAGUGCCUCGAGAUCACCAUAUAUACCACUGGAGAGUGUACAGAAAAACCAUUUUGUCAAGCAAGCUAUAGAUGGAAGGAGGAAAAACAAUUACUGCCAAAGAACAUCCAGUGAGAAUGAUAGUAAUCACUCUCAACAGUUGUUGAACAGUGGUCCUGAGCAGAAGACAGCAAAAAUACGUAUCAAGGUGAACAAUAAAUGCCUAGAAAGAAAUAAUGCUGCUAUCUACAGUGGCCUGGGCCUCGACAUUUCUCCUUCCUCAUCUAUAGAUGACAGUCCACAAUGGAGCAUCGAGGCUCCUGAAUCAAAACUUUUUCCUGAUGAAUCUGCAGAUACCAUUUUUCAGAUAAUGACCUGCCAUUCUGUUCCUGGAGGACUUUUGCUCUCGCCUCUUGCAGAAAAUGUUCUGGAACUGAGGCAAAAAUCAACAGCUGUAACUAAGAAACAUGAAGCUCCUGUAUACGAUAAUGACAAGGAAGAGCUACAAAGGAACUGUUGUCAUACGAGCUCUGCUGCACCAGAUAACAACUAUCAGUUGGUGAAGAAAAUCAAACUUGAUGAACAGAGGGAUCACCUUCCUGAGUUCGAGAAUUCAAAAUACAGGCAUAAGAAUGCAACAAUUAUGAAAAAGGGAGCUAAGCCUGAGUUGAAGGAUAUUUCAGAUGAAAUAGAUUCUAUCCGUGCACCAAGAUGCGCGAAGACAGAAAAACAUGCAGUUGGGGAAUCAGCAGACUUUAUAGCUGAUACUUCAGGUCGCCUAAAGGAAGCGAAAAAUGGUCAAUUCAAGGGGAAAGGUAGUACUCAGAGUUCAUUGUCAAUCAUUGAUGUUAAAGCUGCUAAUUCAGCAAAUGAUGAUAAACAUCCAAAGGGCAAAGCAAAGUUAAAAGUAACUUUAGUAAGAAAUGCUAAGAUGGAAAGUUCACUUGAUGAUGGAUUUUCACACAAAACUAAAUCUGAUAAAUGCAAUGAUCAACCUGUUACCACUUCAAGUCAACUGCAAAUUGAUCCUGCUAAGAAAACGUCACUUAAGAGAGACCGAGGGAAAGUGGUGUGUGCUAAAGAUGAACCAUCACAGUACAAAAGCAAGGAAUUGAGAAGUUUGGUUGAUGCAGAGUCCAUGGGUACUACCACAGAAAAUGUAGCAGGAAAUUCUUCUGAAUUACUGAAAGGGAAGAAAGUGUCCGCCUUGCAAGCUUCCCUGUUUGGGAAGAAACUCAAAAUUAAGACUCACAAAAAACCAAACUAUGAUACCACUAGAAAACCUAAUGGUGAAAACGAGGGUUAUGUGUUGGACCAUAGAAAUGGUUCGACUUACUUACAUACUGAAGAUAAGAGCUUGAAGACUGAGAAAGAGUCUGCUACAUCUGGAUUGACUGAUAAGGAUUUUUCAGGUGGUGGGAAUGAUGGGGACCACAAAAUCUCUCCCAUUGUUGUUGAUAAGUCUGCAUCUAUGCCAUCAAGGUGCAAGAAUGAAACUACAGAAGCAUCCAUGGCAGUUCCUGCUUCUGAACCUGUUGAUCAAUGGGUGUGCUGUGAUAAGUGUGAGACAUGGCGCCUUUUACCUUAUGGGAUGAAUUCAGAUACACUUCCAAAAAAAUGGCGGUGUAGCAUGCAGAGUUGGCUGCCUGGGAUGAAUAACUGCAAACUAAGUGAGGGUGAGACUACAAAUGCCAUACGUGCACUUUAUGUGGUUCCCAUACCUGAAAAUAACAUCAGUUUAGAUAGUCGUUGUGAUACUGCUACAUUGGUUAGAUCCAAUGAUGCAGCCAUUAUGUCAGAUAAUUUAGGAAUGCCAGAAAUAUCAAAGUCUUCGAAGAAACUACAUGCUCCUAGGAAUCGUGAUGGUCUUGACUGCUUUCCUAAACUCAAGGAAAAACAGAAGCGCAUAGAAUCAUCAGAUAAAGGACAAACUAUGGCAAAAGAUCGGAUGCAUCGAAAACGGAAGACCAGUGGUGCUGAUUAUGAUAACCUGAUAGCAUCAAAGAAAUUGAAGAAAGUAUACAAUGAGCCUCCAAAGCACCAACCCCCUCAGUUUGAACUAAGCAAAAGUAGACCUUCAACCAAGGGAUCUCUAAAAGAAUUGCCGAAGCAUACUAAUAUUUCACCUGGCAUGGGAAAGCAUGCUUUACCUUCAUCAGGUAAGCAGUUUUGUGAUGGAGAUAACUCAGAUAGGGGUGCUAGAGCUUCGGAUGCAGGAAAAUCUGAUCCUCGGGACUUGUUCAUUAAGAAGAACAAAUCAAAACAAAUGCAGUUAAGACAGCAUGGUCCUGAUCCUCGACCUAGUGAUGCCUUUGCAAAACAUGUUGUAAAAGAAGUGUUAAGUGAAAGUAAUGCUGCCAAGGAAAAGCUUGGGUCAGACCUGAAAUUUCUGAAGGUAGAUGAUCAUGAGAAAUCUGCUCAUGCCAGAGGCCCUGUCACUGGGACUAAUAGCAAUGCAAUAUUCAGUGAGAAAGAGGAUUUAAUUGAGCAACACCUGGAGAAUAUCCAUUUCCAGCACCCAUUGCUCUCUGAAAGCUCAGUCAGGAGGAAUAUCUGUAAUGUACAAGCAUCUACAGCUGCCACUUCCAGUUCAUCCAAGGUGUCUAGCUCCCACAAGAAUAAACCUGAAUUUCAAGAAACAAGGACCUCACCUGUAGAGUCAGUUUCUUCAUCACCCUUGAGAACUUCUGACAAGAAACACUUGGAUCGGCAUAGAACGAAUUCAUAUGCAGUGGCAGAAAUUGUGCAUUCUCAGGAGUCAGUGAAAACUGGUGCUUCAUGCUCGAAGGAAAAAUAUGGUUUUGAAUGUGGUUCUGAUCACACGAAACCUCAUGUUUCUGGUUGCUCUAAUAGAGUCAUGCAUCAAGAUGCUUUGGAGGAUGGGGACUUGGAUAAACAAAAUAUAUUGACAAAUGGAGUCUUUAACAACAGAAGUUCUGGGCUUGGUAUAAGGAAUGACCAAGGCCAACCGAAUUCUUUGGUGGAACAGAAAGUUAAUUCGCAUGUCCUUCCAAUACAUGGCAGCGGUGAUUUCAGAAGGCCAACACCUGAUCAAAAUGGGAAGACAUUGCCUCAAUAUAAUUCAAAUCAAAGUGACCAAGCAAAACUGUCUUCUGGAAAGCAUCCUACACAGGUUAGGCCUGAUAAAGGGAAUGUAGAAUACAUAGACCUGAAAACAAAUCCAUCUACUGUAGCAGGAAGCAAGCUGUUGCCCGGAUUAAACAAUAAAGUAAAUGGAAAUGCCUCCAAUAAGUCAAAACAGUCUGUAGUUGAAAAUAUGAAGCAUGCAGCUAUUCAUGUCGAUGCUUCAACUCCAAUUAAUGCAUCUGCUCUGCUGAAGGAAGCUAGAGAUCUGAAGCACUUGUCUGACCGCUUAAAGGGGAAGGGGGAUGACCUUGAGAGUGCAAACAUUUGUUUCGAGGCUUGCCUAAAAUUUCUCCAUGUUGCAUCUCUCAAGGAGGCUGCUGGUGUUGAUAGCUCCAAACAAGGGGAUCCAAUAAAUACUAUGACAUUAUAUUCUGAUACUGGAAACCUUUGUGGAUUUUGUGCCCGUGAAUUUGAGCGACUUAAGAAAAUGGCAAAUGCUGCUUUGGCAUAUAAAUGUGUGGAAGUGGCAUACAUGAAGGCAGCUUUCUACAAGCAUCCUGGUGCAAUUAAAGAUAGCCAUGCCUUGCAGGCAGCAUCUGUGAUUGCUCCUCCAGCUGAAUCACCGUCGUCUUCUGCCUCAGAUGUUGAUAAUUUAAAUAACCCAAGUACAAUAGCUAAGAUUGUUUCAACAAGAGGUCUAUGCACUUCUCAGAUUGCUAAGAAUCCCAUAUCUCGGAGCAAUCAUCACUUGAUGGGAUUGCUUGCUUAUGUAGAGGACACAAAUUAUGCAUUUGAGGGAACCAGAAAGUCGCAAAGUGCAUUUUUUUCUUAUCUUUCUGGUAUUGAAAAAGAUCAGGCUGAUGGCAUUGCUCUUUUAACGGAAGUCCUUAAUUUCAGUUUCCAUAAUGUCAAGGGGCUGCUGCAACUGAUCCGUCAUUCAUUGGAGUGUAUCAACCAUGAAAGGUUCAAAUAAUAGAAUGGGCAUUCUUAAUGUGAAUAGAGAUAUAUGUUGGCAAUGUUUCUAUAUGUUGUUUUACAAUAGAUGCCUCCAGUAUGGGUGCAAGAAUGGAGCAAGAUUAGCAAUUUGCUAACAGAGGAAAUUUAUGAUGUGUGGUUAUCACCUGGAAGUAUUUUCUCUGUGGAUGAACAUUUUGACCUGUGCCAACUGGGGUUUUACAUAAAAUUUAGCAACAAGUAUAAAUUGCUACAUUCAACAUUCUCAGUUUCAAUGUCUGAUUAGUCCCCGAUUCCAUUGUUGAUGUGAACCCAGUUGUCACCUAUUUCAUUGUUGUACCGGGACAAAAUUUCAUUGGGACAAUGUUGAAUUGAACAAUCUAUUCCUGAGUUCCUACAGAAGCAUAGGUCAGGGCAGAGGAGAAUAUUCUACUUUUCCUCACCUUCUAUUGGUCUGUCGAUGAAGGUUCCAAUAG